UACAAGGAGCUGGUCUAAGAUCUGUAAAGUAAACAUAACCUUUAUUUCAGAAACGAGAAACCACGAGAUCGUUUUUGCAUUUUUCAAAGUUGGAAAACUUGAUUUAAUAUAUUUUAUUAGUUAUGGGUCGUAAAAUACCUGGAAGGAAACAUCGGGGUGUCAAGGAUCCUGAAAAACAGAAAGCUGUCAGAGAAGAGAGCUUAAAAUUCAAAGUCAAUGCUCCUCCAUCGAAUCCUGAUGAUCAAGAAAUGCCAAAAAGUAUUGUCAAUCUGAUGCGUCUUAAAGAGCUAGCUAAGAAAGCUGUAUUCAAACCAAAAAAGAAGAAAAAAGGAAGACAAAUGAUCAGUACAAGUAAUUACACAACUAACGACCGUAGGUUACCCGGAAUGAAAAGGCCAGACAAAGUAAUGCCCUCUCUAACGCAGCUACAGGGCGAAUCUGAUGAUCAGUUCAUGCAACGUGUGAAUGAAGCCACAGAAACAAUCAUCAAGGAGGUUGAGUUCGAACAACAAUUUGGAGUGAAUGUGAAACGCAAUCAGAAGUCAGGAGCGAUUGAAGGAAUUGAGAAUGCAAAGCCUGACGAAUUUGAAGUGCUGGCCAAAGCUAACUUGGAGAACCAGAAAACUAACAAGAGGAAAAAGAAGAACAAGAAACUAAAGGCUGACCAAGCCGAACUUCUAACAAGCAAAGAACGGCGGAAAGCGAAAGAAAAGGAGAGGAAAGAGGAACGGAUGAAAGACAUAGAAGAAAAACAUAUGUUGAAGGAUCAUGUGAAAUUUGGAGAAGUGGUUCACCAACCUCCAAAGCUUACUGCUAGACCAAGGAAUGCAGCCAAUGAUCCUUUUGGAAAACCAGCCAAAAGAAACAACCUCCUAUUGAGUGGAUUUUUCACUCCCAGUGCAAGCAGUAAAUCGAAAUCAACUAACCUGUCGAUGUGUGCAAAGCAGAAACAGGAGGCAUUGAGGCUCAAUGUAGUUGAAGCUUACAGAAAUUUGAAAGCACAAAAGAAUAAAUCGUGAGCAUCGUUGCAGCAACAUCAAACAUGAAUCAAAGUCAGAAGAUGUUGAGGUGAAAGUACAAGAAGAUAUAGAAAUGAUGAUUUGCGUUAUUUCUAUGGCUGUGCAUUCUACUGUAUCUAUCGUAAUAAAACAAUAAUUGAGAGAAUCAGAAA